GAGCUCACGAGCCUGAAGCGCCUGCAGACGUCUCUGAGCGAGGAGCAUGUCACUCCUAUCGACGACGCUGCCAUUGUAAGGCAGAAAUCACCGGUUUCAGGCGAUUCUUUCCGCUCACGGUUAUCGCCCCAUGGCCCACCUCCGCCAGAGGAAGAGAUCCA